ACGUGAUCUGGACGGGAGUUCAACAUGGCGGCUUACUUGGUAGCUGGCGACCGGCUGUUUCGCGCUAUGGAUCCCGGCGGGGAGCUGAACCCCGAAAAGCUUCCUCCGACGCUGCGGACGGAGCUUGAGGCCGCUCUGGGGAAGAAGCAGAAGAAGGGUGACUCGCGCAGUAGCCCCGAACGCCUGGUUUCCUUCCGCCUGAUCCGGGAUCUGAAACAGUACCUUAAAGAAAGCGGUUCUACACUUUACCUGCAUGAGCUCCUCGAAGGCAGUGAAAUCUAUCUCCCAGAAGUUGUAAAGCCACCUCAGAAUCCAGAGCUGGUUGCCCGACUGGAGAAGAUUAAGAUACAGCUGGCCAAUCAGGAAUAUAAGCAGAUCACUCGCAAUGUUACCUGCCAGGAUUCAAGGCAUAGUGGAACUCUCAGUGACCUAGGAAAGCAAGUGAGGUCGGUGAAAGCUCUGGUCAUCACCAUCUUCAACUUCAUUGUGACGGUGGUAGCUGCCUUCGCCUGCACUUACCUUGGAAGCCAGUACAUCUUCACAGAAAUGGCCCCUCAAAUACUGGCUGCGUUGAUCGUUGCCUCUGUGGUGGGUCUUGCGGAGAUGUAUGUCAUGGUGCGGACGGUGGAAGGUGAAUUUGGAGAGCUGUGACUGGAACAGAUUUGGUGGUCCCCUGGCUCCCUACUGCACCCACCAUGCUCUUCAUGUUGAGCUGUGCUCAUUCAAAGGCUGAGCAGAAAUUACCUGCAGUUCCA